GGUUCUGCCAGUAUGGUUGUAGGUCUCUCCUAGUCGUCAUUGCUUGAAAGAACCAAAGAAGAAAAAAAAAAGAGUAGAAGCGGUUUUUUUUAAUUACAGACUUACACUUGGCGCGUACGAAAAAACGUGGAGGGCUGGCAUAGUCUCCUGACCACGUCUCCUCUCCCUUCUAGUUACAUGGCGAUUAUCAAGUUGAACGGUCGCUGUUGAAGUGCACAGUUUUCGCUUUUCAAAACGCGUACCUGUUCCUUGAUCGGUGGUGUUUGCCAGCGCAACCGGGUUCGACUUAAACCCACCCAAAAGAAAACGAAUUUCAAGUGCCAAAAUCUGCGCGUGUGGGGGUCUCGGUAAAUAACAACGUGACGAUUUAAAAAACAAAACAAAAUUGUACGCUAUGUGGUCGUUCUAUUCAUCGAGAGCUUUCGUGAUCUUAGUGGUGAUUGCUAACGUUUCGGCAACUUUGCCGUUCGGUAAUAGAAACGGUGAAUCGGUUUUAAGCAGUGGAUUGGGCGCAGGAGGAAGACGGAACAAUCCUCGGCUUCCAGUUAGUCCGGAAGCUUACAUGUCCAGUCCCGAAAUCAUUAUUUAUCGAGGAUACCCCGUGGAACUGCACACAGUUUUGACCGAAGAUGGAUACUUGUUGGGCAUCCAUCGAAUUCCGUACGGAAGGACGGCGAUAUCCCGACAAAAGGGACCCAAGCGACCCGUCUUUCUGCAGCACGGACUUCUUAAUAGUGAUGCUGAUUGGCUUAUCAAUCCGACUGAUAGAGCUUUGGCGUUUAUACUGGCGGAUCGCGGCUAUGAUGUGUGGCUGGGCAACGCGCGAGGCAACGCUUAUUCCAAGAGACACGUGAAGCUCGACGUCAACGAGGAGGAAUUCUGGGACUUUUCGUGGGAUGAGAUUGGACGUUACGACAUCCCGGCCUGCAUAAAUUACGUUCUGAGGAAGACCGGAAGCAGGAAAUUGACGUACAUUGGCCAUUCAAUGGGUACGGCAGUUUUCUGGGUAGCCAUGAUCACCAACCCCGAACUGAAUAACAAAAUAGAAGUCAUGAUGGCUCUUGCACCUGCCGCGUCUGUGGCCAAUGUGAAAAGUUUCGUCCGUUUAUCGGCCGCCUUCGUCGAUCCAAUUGAAAGUUUCCUCCGGCUUAUACGGACGCGUGCAUUUUUACCCAACACGGGAAUCCAUCGGCGAAUCCGAGAGGUGUUUUGCGAGCGAACCCUCAAGGAGGCGACAUUAUGCCGUAAUCUGAUUUUCCUCAUUGCCGGUGCCGAUCCGCACAAUUUCAACAUUACGGCCCUCCCAGUCAUUUCGGGACACAAUCCGUCUGGCACGUCUGUCAGGACAGUAUCGCAGUUUGCCAAAAGCUUCAAUUUGGGUCAAACGUUCACGAGAUACGAUUAUGGACCUCAGGGUAAUUUCGAACACUACGGACAAGGAGUACCUCCCGAAUAUGAUUUGAAUCUUGUCACGGCACCGGUCUACUUAUUUUGGGGUGAAAACGAUCUGUUAACAACUCCAGAAGACGUCGCUUGGUUGGCUUCAAAAUUGCCCAACCUAAAGGCAUCGAUUCGUGUUGACUAUCCUUUAUUUAAUCACUGGGACUUUCUCUGGUCGGUGAACGUCAACGAGCUCUUAUACAAUCGUCUUCUCACCUUGUUGCCUCCGCCCUAUUACACGGAGACUAGUCAUAAUAUAGCACUGCCAAUAAAUGUGACUAGGAUUGCCAGAGGGUAACGGACACAAUAAGGUCAGCAGGUCCUGCGUCGCAACUGAUGCGCAAUGGACUAUAAAUUUAAUUCGUAAAUCAUGCAAAUCACACGCAACUCGUACAAUCAUUUUUCCCAUUAUAAAUAAUCAAGCAUUGACACAUAAAACCGUAUGCGACGGAUAUAUAUAUAUUCUUAAAUUGAAAAAAACAAACAAACAACAACCUAUGAACAGCAUUAUUUCUGUGACAUGGACAAUUAACGAUUGCCUCCGAACUGCCAAUCAAAGAUUUUUUAUCGAAAUAUACAGAUGAUUUUAAAAUAA